AUGAGCCCAAUUCUGAAUGUUGUCGUAGUCAGCUUUCAUCAUAAACGCGGAUGCGAGGUUCGUUCUGGAAAAAAAAAUUUUUAAAAAUGAAAAAAACUACUGAGACUUCUCUGAUAAACAUUUUGAAUUUCGGUGACACGGGCAAGUUCCGUACAGCAUCCAAAAAAAAAAGAAUCUGGAGUUUCUUUUUGAGUUUCUAAAAGGUGUCAAAUUUUUCUCUGGAUCUCCUUUUUUUCAUCUUCUUUCCGCGUUUUUCUUCUGAACUCCGUGGACUAAUUAGUAUGAAGUGGAACAAAAUUUAGAAAGUUGCAAGAUUUUGAUGAGAGCUCUUUUUUUCAAAGCCAUUGGUUUUUUUGAUCAAUGGCUGUAGAAAUUUUUUUUAUUAUGGUCUUUAUUUAGCGGAGUAGUGUGUGAAAAGAAUAUGUUUAGAAGUUUCCGGAAUACGUUUCCCUAAGCUAGCGGUCAAUAUAUCGACGCUUCUAGGUAGAAUAUUCGAACCCAAAGCUUGACGGAAAAGGCGAAGGAGGCCUUCCGGAGGAGUGGGCUCAUCUGCCGUCUUUAGCCUUACCGGACGGUGUCCACAAUUUGAAACAAGGUAUUACUAAAAAUGGUUUCCGUUCAAACUUCUUUGAAGAUGUCAUAUUUUUCUCUCUUCCUUCGAGAACCGAACCUGGAAAGUGUGUCUUCGGCAUUUCCUGCUAUAGACAGAUUGAUUCGACAGUUCGUUACCCUAAUCAGAGUCCUAGGCCUUCCAAUUUAUUCUUGUAGGAGUUGAUCUCGCGUCCGGAAGACGUCACCAGAUGUAGCGUUCAGAAAAGCGUCUGUGUCAUCUCCAAAAUUCCUCUUUUCGGCGGUCUGAAGGCCAAACUCGAAGUGAUAACUCAAGCCUAUUUUGAGCAAAGAGAUUUCGGCCAGGUUCAAAUCGUUUGGGUUGAUAUUUAUCAUAUUUUCGAAGAUUUAGAUUGAUGUUUUGAAUCAGAUGUAUGACAACCUUCAUGACAUGUUCAAUGAACAAAUGUCUUCGGAGCAAAAUGUUGGCCUAGCGUAUCAUGGCAAGUUUUUCCUCUUAAUUGGUUGACGACUGGGAGAAAAGAUUCAGAAAUAUCCGUGCAAGAUCUUUUUAUUCGGUUUCGCCACCGCGCUUUGAUGUUGUUCAAGCUCGUUUUAUUAGAAAGAAAGGUGGGUGUAACAAAAAUCUGGAGAACUGAAUUAAUUUUCCCAUUAUUUUUCAGUCUUCAGUUCUGAAAAAAAAGCUCGGAUCUCAAGCUGAAGAAAUCUACUGACAGAGAAAAAAAGCCUAGAAAAUAAAAAAAUGAAAAAGAAAAUCUCAGUUUUUCUUUUAGAAGGACCUUAUUUUAUUCAUUUUUAGGUGUUAUUCUUUGGUUCCAAUGGCCAGACGAUUGGCGAAACAAUGUUAGCCCUAGUCUCCAUGUUUCCCAGUCAGUUUCAGCAGAGAGUAACAUACCUAAUCAAAUGUAUUCGAGAUUUGCUGGAGGAAGGACUUUUCUACUCGAGUUGUACCCUUCAAGAUGUGAAAGACACCGAAAAAACCAGCAAACCUUCCACUUCCACCGCAGAUACGGAAAAGUUCGAAGUCGACUAUUCUGAGAACAAGGAAUCGAAGGGUUUGAACUUUUUCAGCCAAAAGAAAGUAAUCAUGACGAGUUUUUGGUUUUCAGAGCCUGCGGUAGAAGAAAUCUUUGUCCAGGAGGACAUUGGGAGCGGUUGGCUCAAAAAAGAUCCCAUCAAGAAAAGAGAUUCUUUUGGUUUUCCUCUGAGUAUUUUCACCCAGGUGAUUCUUAGAAUGAUUAUAAUCUUCAUCUUCUGAAUCUCCAGAACGCCUACUUUGAUCCUUACCUAUCUAUAUCAUUUCUCGACGUCCUCACCACGGUCCGAAGUUGUGUCGUCGGGGCGACCAACGCCCUUUUUGCAAUGAAAAAAGGCAUUUUCGAUGUUGUGGUCAAGGUGAAAAUGUGUGAACAGUUCAAAGAAAAGUUAAUAUUUUUUUUUCAAGUUUGAAGACGACGGAACCACAAUCCAUCAGCAUGUAGAGGUAUUGACACCAGAUCUGGAUCGUCUUCUGGCCUUGACGACUCAAGAUUUGCGAUUUGCCGACUUUAUCCUGCGACACGUUGAAGAACAGAGAAGGUCCAGCACUGCCGGUUCGUCAGGGGAAAAAAUAAACUGAUAGGCAUCCGAGAGCAUGAAUUGACACCGUUUUGGGCGGUGAUCCUCUUUUUUCAUGCAAAGUUUACAAAAUAAGAUGCAGAUAGAAGGUUGCUUGAGGGUUCAUUUAUUUUUUUUAUCAUAUGGGGAACAUCGCGGAUCACAAAUCACACUUCAACAGACUAUAUUACUACUAUACAUUUGCAGAACAUCUCCAAAUAUCCUCUAUACCUCCUCCUUAAUAUUUCUGAAUAAAAUUCAAAAACUAACCCUAAAAAGUUAAAAAAAUAAUUUUUUUAUUCUUGUCAAUAUUACCUCUUUGGAUUCGGAACAUUUAUACCUGCGUUCUUAAAAUGUUUACAAGUCAACCACUCCUGGGCUAAUUUAGUUCUGCACCUGUCCAAGUACGAUUACUAUGUAGGUUACGACGGGGGUGACGAAUGGAUCCGCACUCAGAUGCGGGAUUAUCUUCUGAGCCUGGUAGCGACCGCCCGUGCCGAUCUCCAGACCUCUGUUCCGCAGUUCGGUCUUCCUUUCGUCACUGCUUGGCGACACACGAGGUAAUAAUGUUAAUUUUUUUUCUUGUAUCAAGGUCUGAAUAGCUGAAAAGGUUUUAUUUAGAAAUUAUCGGAUCUGGCUUGCCGAAACGCACAAAGAUUUAGCAUCUGUCGCUCCAGGGUUGGUUUUUUUUUUAGGAGAAGAUAAUGCCGUGUUUAAAGUGAUUCCUCGAAAUGCGAAAUAGCCGCCAGAAAACGAGAAAGGUAACUAAAUUUGGAGAUUCAGAGAUGCGUUUCGCGGAAAUCACUUUGAAACCGGCAUAAAGUCUAUGAGUUUGAGUUUUCAAAAAGAGGCUGUGUGUGAAAAUUCCGUUGAUAUUUUCUUAUUCUUGGUGUUUUUGUUUUGUUUUGUAGCUUUACGAAAAUUCAGAUCAUUACGUCGAAUCGUAUCUAUAUGGUUUCGUUCCGAUGUAGUGAUCUGAAAAUAAACCGUUCGGCGCUAGCUGGACCGGUUUUUUUAAAUAACCCUUUUCAGACACUUUUUCUCGGAGCAGCUGGGCGUCUACGACAUGUACCUCCGUUUGGAUCAUGCCGUUCAUGGCGUCGAAGGCGCUUCUAAGGUACUGGAAGCUGUCAACACUACCGGCAAAAACAUAGGAAACACAAUUGGUAACUUCUGAAGUUCUCCUUUUUUUAAAUUAUAAAAUUUUGAGGAGAAACGGGAAGCCGAGUGAAAAACAAGCUCGCCAACUGGUGGAGAGGCCGCGGAACGGCAAACCAAGAUGGGGAAGAUGCGGCCGAAGCACAAAUGGAUAAACACUGA